GCAACAAAUUUAAAACUAGUUGGACUUGAUAAUAAAUCUUGCAUCCGGAAUAAGAUAAAUAACAGGGGGCAACACACUGGGGACUUUUUAUUAAGGGAAUGACAUCCCUUUUGCUGUCAAUAAUAAGAACUGAGCUGAAUGUGUUAGGUAGAGCCGACCGAAUUAUAGUUUAUUUUGUUUGGUAUUGAGUGGACGUGUAAGUAAAGUUUAUUUACAUUUGAAUUUCUUGGAAAUAAAGAGGAAAGAACAAUUAUUGCAGCAUCCAUAAAUACAGUCUCCAACAAAAAUGGAUGUUGACGACGGUUCGGAUGGUGUCGAGCAGUUAAAGUCAAGACCUUAUCAAGCCCAGCUUGAAGAGAUAGCUGUUCGAAAUAAUACCAUCAUAUAUUUACCCACAGGUUCAGGCAAAACCUUUAUUGCGAUAUGCCUAAUAAAACGAUUUCGAGAAGCCUUGCAGUUGCCUUGGGGCCAAGGCGGGAAAAGGACAUUUUUCCUUGUCAACAAUGUUCCGUUAGUCACUCAACAGAAGAAUGUAAUAGAGAAGCUGUGUGCUGUAUCUGGAGUAGGGGCCUACAGCAGCGAAAAUGGCGUCGAUUAUUGGGAUAAGGCGAAAUGGGAUGCUGAACUUGAGAAGAACCAGGUCAUCGUGAUGACGAGUCAGAUUCUAAAUGACAUGUUGACCCAUCAGUACAUUAGAAUAGAAGAUAUAAAUCUUCUGAUAUUUGAUGAAUGUCACCAUGCCGUUGAAGAUCAUCCUAUGCGGGUCAUCAUGAAACAUUUCGAAGGAUGCCCGAAACAUAGCCAGCCUCGAGUUUUAGGUCUGACUGCAACUCUGCUAAAUGCUAAUGUGAAAUCAAGGAAGGUCGAGGACACGUUACACGACCUGGAAAUAACAUUCCACGCGACUAUCGCUACAGUCGAUGAACUCGGGAAAGUCUUGAAUUAUUCAACGAAUCCAAAUGAAAUGGUUCAGUUCUACAGAAGUUCGCCACCAUCGGCGGUUACGAACGAAGUUAUAAAACUCUUAUCGGUCAGGCAAGAGCUUAUUGCAAGUGUAAAACUACCCCGCUCUUCAACGAAGCAGACAAUUACAUUGAAACAACACCAAGAAGAUAUCAGCAACAACCCUAAAAAGAUCGUGAAAGCUGUUAAGAACAUGAUAAGCUCAAUGAUACUGUUUUUAAAUGAGCUCGGCAUGUACGGCGGUUCUUUAGGUAUACUGGCUUAUAUAAUAUUGUUGGAACGACUGCGUCGUCGGGCUUCGUCGAAGGAAGAGGAUAUUCUUUACCAAAAUGUCAUUACAUGCUGUAUUGAUGCUCGAGCCAGACUUCUGAAAGCAAUGAGCGAUGUUCACGGCUAUGAAAGGAUUAUUAAGUAUUCUUCAGAAAGGUUUUGCUAACUUUAAAUAUUUUAAAGGAAUAUAAUCCUGCUUAUCAAGAUACUCCUGGAGUUUUAUUAAAAGUUAAUCGCUCAAGAAAACCACUCUCGGCUAUCAUAUUCA